AAAAAUUAAAUAAAUUAAGGUAAACAACAAUCAUGCCAGUCGAAAUGGAAGAAGUUAUCAAUGAAGGAGCAUCAACUUCAUCAGGAACUGCCCCAAAUAAGGCUCAAGAGAAGAAGAAAAGCAUUCCAUGGAUUGAAAAAUUCAGACCGCAAGUUUUUGAAGAAAUUAUGGGAAAUGAGGAAGUUGUCUCUAGACUAGCUGUUUUUGCAACACAAGGAAAUACUCCAAAUAUUAUUAUUGCUGGACCGCCGGGCGUUGGAAAGACGACAACAAUCUUAUGCCUUUCAAGAAUCCUUCUUGGUGAAAACUUCCGUAAUGCUGUAUUAGAAUUAAAUGCAUCAAAUGAACGAGGAAUUGAUGUGGUCCGAAAUAAGAUUAAAAUGUUUGCACAACAGAAAGUAACACUUCCAAAAGGACGUCAUAAGAUAGUAAUCUUAGAUGAGGCAGACAGUAUGACUGAAGGAGCACAACAAGCACUACGUCGAACAAUGGAGAUUUAUAGUGGAACCACUCGAUUUGCACUAGCAUGUAACAACAGUGAAAAGAUCAUUGAGCCAAUUCAGUCAAGAUGUGCUAUGAUUAGAUUCUCAAAGUUAUCUGAUGCUCAAGUAUUAGCAAAAUGCAUUUUCGUAUGCCAAAAAGAGAAUCUUGACUAUACAGAAGACGGCCUUGAAGCUAUUGUUUUCACAUCACAAGGAGACAUGAGACAAGCAUUAAAUAAUCUUCAGUCAACAGCCAAUGGAUUUGGUAAAAUCACAAGUGAAAAUGUCUUUAAAGUAUGCGAUGAACCACAUCCAUUACUCGUCCAAAAUAUGCUUGAACACUGCAUUCUUGGUGAUGUCCAUAAAGCAUACAAGAUUAUGAAAAAAUUAUGGAUCUUGGGAUAUUCAGCAGAAGAUAUAAUCGCAAAUAUCUUUCGAGUUUGUAAGAAAAUGGAAAUGGAUGAGAAAUUAAAAUUGGGCUUCAUUCGUGAGAUUGGCGAGUGUCACAUGAAGAUUAUUGAUGGAAUGAAUUCAUUACUACAAAUGUCAGCACUUCUUGCACGAUUGUGUGAAUGUACCUAUAGUAAAUAA